UAUAUUUUAAAAUUUCAAAAAGUUAAAACCCCUUGAAACCUCCAUUUUCAAUUUCUUUCCUUUUCAAUAGCAAGAAUACUCAAAAACCUCUUUCCUGUCUGGCUCUAUACUUUUCCUUUCUUCUUCAUCUUCUUCUUCAACCAAAGAAAACGCCAAAAAAACAAAAAAACAAAAAAAUGGCUCCAACCCCAUCUUCUUCUUCAAAACAAAGCCAAACCCAGAUGCGAACACCCCAAUCCAAGCACCGCCUAAACUUCUCAUCAACAAGAAACAACCCAACAGGGGAACAACCACAGGGGGAACACCCCGUAGAAGUCAUUGGCAGAAUAAGAAACUACCCUGGUGACCAAAAAGAUAAAAUCCCCAUCUCAUUUCUCCAGAUCAAUCCUGAUAACAAGUCUCUCCGUGUCCGGACUGAUGUCGGGUACCGGGAUUUUUCCCUGGAUGGGAUAUCUUCAUCUGAGGAAGAAGAUCUUGAUACUUUUUAUAAAAAGUUCGUUGAAUCAAGAAUCAAAGGGGUGAAAAUGGGAGCUAAGUGUACUAUUAUGAUGUAUGGCCCAACUGGUUCAGGGAAGAGUCAUACUAUGUUUGGUUGUUCAAAGCAGCCUGGGAUAGUUUAUAGGUCACUGAAAGACAUAUUGGGAGAUCAUGGGGAGGAAGAGAGUGGAAGGGAUGGGGAAAGAUUGGGAUUUGGAAGUUUUGUUCAAGUUACUGUUUUGGAGAUUUAUAAUGAGGAAAUUUAUGAUCUUUUGUCAAGCAAUGGAGGAGGUGGCUUUGGAAUUGGAUGGCCUAAAGGCAGUGGGUCUAAGGUGAAACUAGAAGUAAUGGGAAAGAAAGCUAAGAAUGCUACUUUCAUAUCUGGAAGUGAAGCUGGAAAGAUUUCAAAAGAGAUUCAGAAAGUAGAGAAGAGAAGAAUUGUCAAAAGCACUCUCUGCAAUGACAGAAGUUCUCGAAGUCACUGCAUGAUAAUUCUUGAUGUUCCAACGGUUGGAGGAAGGCUGAUGCUUGUGGACAUGGCUGGUUCUGAAAAUAUCGAUCAAGCAGGUCAAGCUGGAUUUGAGGCAAAAAUGCAGACAGCGAAGAUAAACCAGGGAAACAUAGCACUGAAGAGAGUUGUUGAAUCCAUAGCAAAUGGAGAUUCCCAUGUGCCCUUCAGAGAUAGUAAGUUGACGAUGUUGCUCCAGGAUUCUUUUGAGGAUGAUCAGUCAAAGAUUUUAAUGAUUCUUUGUGCAAGUCCAGAUCCCAGGGAGAUACACAAGACAAUUUGCACCUUUGAAUAUGGAGCAAAAGCAAAAUGUAUUGUCCGUGGUCCUCAUACACCAAUCAAGGACAAAAAUGAAGAUUCUUCAUCUGCAGUUAUUUUAGGAUCCAGGCUAGCAGCAAUGGACCAGUUUAUAAAUAAACUACAGAUGGAGAACAAGCUCAGAGAAAAAGAGCGAAAUGAGGCACAUAAAGAGCUCUUGAAGAAAGAAGAAGAAGUCGCUGCAUUACGAGCACUUCUGGAAGGGAAGGGUUCUGGGGCAACUGAAGAUGAAAUCAACUCAAAGGUAAAUGAGUGCACACAGAUGUUAAAACUUGAAUUGGAGAAGAAGCUAAACGAAUGCAGGCGAAUGGCUGAGGAAUUUGUUGAAAUGGAAAGGAGAAGAAUGGAAGAAAGAAUUCUGCAACAGCAAGAAGAAGUUGAGAUGCUAAGAAGGAGGCUGCAGGAAAUUGAGUUUGAGCUAUGCCAUUCAAGGAAUGGAAAUGAUGAGGAGAAUGAGGCAAAGGAGUUGGAUGGAAGCAGCUUUGCUAAAAGGCUAAUUGGGAUUUAUGGUGAUGAGGUCCCAGGGAUGGUAAUGUCAAUGGACCUCGACAUGGGUGAUCCUGAACCAUUUAUUCGUGAUGUGAAACAGAUGGAUCAAUCUGAAAUCAAUUUGAACCAUCCUCAGACUGAAAAUCAUGAUGGUUUUGCACCACAGUUUGGUACAAAAAUAGGCCUGAGCACUGUAUAUGAGGAAGAAGAAAUAGAAGAAGAGGAGGAACAAAAAGAGAAUGUGGAAGAUGAAGUAGAGAAGGAGAUAAUAGAGGAAAAAAGGGUGUGCUCAAGUGGGACAGAUAGGUCUACUCUUGGAGAAGAUUUUAAUACACUUGUCUUGGAAUCGUCUCCCCUGAAAUUUGAAUUGACACCUAAACGGCUGGCUUCUGAUACAGACUCUUCCAGACGAUUAAGAAUCCAAAACAUCUUUACCCUCUGUGGGAACCAAAGAGAGCUUUCUCAACAAAUCAGAACUCCAACACCUGUCACACCAAUACCUGAAACCAUUGAUCCUCAUUGGUCCCCAGUUAUGAUUGCUUCAGAUGAUUCUGUUGUGAAAAGUUUGAACAAGGAAAACUCACCAGUUCAAAAUGGGGGACAAAGUCCUGCAGGUUUAAUGGCUGCAUCCUUAAAGGAGAACCAAAACCCCUCUAAUGACUGCACUGAUGGCCAGAUUGAAGUCUAUGUGAAAUGGGAAGCAUCCAAGGAAAAUCCUGGAAAGUUUAUCACAACAUUAAAGGUUGUAAAGGAUGCAACACUUUCUGAUCUCCGGAAGUUGAUUGAAAUCUAUCUUGCUGCAGAUAAGCAAGCUUUCACUUUUCUAGUGCUUGGGGAUCCAACUGGGGCACCCGUGCAGAAAGAGAAUGAAGCCACUAUCAAGGCUUGCAAACUGCCAAUAUGCAACAAUGGUUAUCUGGCUUGCUUACGGCCAGCAAAGGGUCUGCAGGUAACAAAUCAUCUCCCCUUGAGUCCACUGCCAUUGACUCCCCUGGAAAACAAGCUUCCACUCAACAAAAGCACUCGCUUCUCGCACCAAGGUGAUGAUUUAUCAUCUAAGCUAUCACCUCACCUCAGUUCCAGUCCCUUUCUCACUGUUCGAAGACCCUAGGAUCGGUAUUUGCUUGUUUUUGUUCAGUUGAAAAAGAAAAUGUUGAAUGAAGUGCAGCACGAGUAUAUAUUCAUAUGUACUCUUCCUGGUACCUUUCAUUAUGUUGAUAUUUGAACCUUUUGUAACACUAUGUAUAUCAUGAAGUGUGUCGUCCGGUUAUCCAUUACCUUUCUCCCCUCAAUUUCCAUUGUCUUUUUCUUUUAGCUUCCUGAAUAUUCAUCCAUUGGAAUUAUUGAACUUGAUCUCUCUCCUCUCUUUUUAUUUGUUUAUUUAAUAUUGGAUCUGAGGCAAUAUCCAAUUAUAUAUUGUUUCCCAUGGUUGCUGCUUAAACAAUUCAACUGGAUAGUUUUUUUUUUUUU